UGCCGAAAAUAAAAACAAAUUUUCUUAUUUUAUUAAAAAAGUAAUUUGCAAUUAAUUAAAAAAUAAUUUUGAUAAUUUAAGUUAAAAAAUUUAAAUAAAUUUGUGAAAGUACAAAAAUAUACACAAUACUUUACUAAAAAAUGACUGGCGAUAGUGAAAUGAGGAAUAAUUCGAUUGAUGGCGAUGAUUACAUUGAUCUAGAUAAAUACAGGAAAUUAGUAAGACAUUUCAUCGAUAUGAGGCGAUAUCAAACGGCACUAUUUUGGGCAGAAAAAGUUGCUGUAAUUAGUCAAUAUGAUGCAAGUGAUUUAUACUGGCAAGCACAAUGUCUCUUCCUUUCAAAAGAAUACCACCGUUCCGCUCAUAUAAUUAAAAAUCAUGGUUUAGAAAAAACAAAUCUAAAUUGCUAUUAUUUGAUUAUUGAAAGUCUUUUUGAAGCAAAAGAAUAUACAGAAGCUCUAGCGAUUAUCAACAAUAUCGAUAUGGAUGAAUUAAUGUUAUUAAAUAAUCAGUCCCAUUCGGAAUUUGCAAUGGAUGAUAACAAAAAUUGUUUAUUAGCUUCGAUUUGUUUUCUUAAAGGCAAAAUUUUUGAGGCUAUGGACAAUAGAUCCUUAGCAAUGGAUUAUUAUGUACAAGCUCUUCAAAAAUCGAUUUAUUGCACGGAAGCGUUAGACUCGUUAGUCCAACACGAAAUGCUUAUGGCAUGGGAAGAAAAAGAACUUGUUCAGCAUAUUCCAUUUAAUUUACAAUGCUCAGAAUCUGAUACAAAACUGAUUAGAAAAAUGUAUGAAUGCAAAUUAAAAAAAUAUUAUGAUCCUAUUGGAGCUCAAACUAACGCAGAACAAACGCCUAAUACUGGGAAUUUCAAUAUUCUUAAAUCAAUCAAAACUUUAACUGAUAAAGCUAAGGAGCAUACUACCAGAAUAAAUCCAAAUAUAUCAAAAGUGUCCUCCCCUUUACAUUUAUCGUUCUUAUCUCCAGCUAAUAAAGUUCUUGAGGAUAUUAAUAAACCGCCACAUUCACUGCAUUCGUCUCUAUCUAGAGUGUCAAUAUUAAACGACAAUAAUCGUACCAACUUGGAUUCUUCCACCUAUCAAAAAAACAACAUUACCUCAGAAAAUCCAUCUGCUAUAUCACUUUCACUUUGUAUGAAUAAAAUAAAAAAAAGUACAGAUAUGAUGGCAACACAAGCCGAAAGGUUGUUCUAUGAUUGCAAAUACAGACAAUGCCAAGAAUUGUUAAACGGGUUAUUAAAAGAGGAUCCAUAUCAUAAUGAUGGUUUAACAGUUCUUAUUGGGUGUCUUGUAGAAUUGGGAGAUUCUAAUAAAUUAUUUUACAUAGCACACAAACUUGUUGAUCGUUACCCUGAAAAAGCUAUAUCAUGGUACGCUGUUGGAUGCUAUUAUGAUUUAAUUGGAAAAAGUGAUCCUGCAAGGAGGUAUUUAUCAAAAGCAACUUCAUUGGACCGACUUUACGGACCUGCUUGGCUUGCAUAUGGCCAUUCCUUUGCUAAAGAAAAUGAGCACGAUCAAGCAAUGGCUGCGUAUUUUAAGGCGACACAGUUGAUGAGGGGAUGCCAUUUACCUCUGUUGUAUAUUGGUGUUGAAUGUGGUUUAACAAAAAAUUUGGAGCUCGCAGAAAAAUUUUUCUACCAAGCAAUGUCCAUAGCACCAUUGGAUGUAUUUGUUUUGCACGAAUUGGGUGUAAUAAAAUAUGAAUAUGAAUAUUAUGAAAGCGCUGAAGAAGUAUUUAGAACCACAGCUGAAAUCAUAACAAAUAGAGCAAAACAAAGUAGGGAAGAGAUUUCCCCACGUUGGGAGCCUUUAUUUAAUAAUUUAGGGCAUUGUUGCAGAAAAAAUAAAAAAUACAAGGAGGCUUUAGAGUAUCAUCAACUUGCUCUACUUCUUAAACCAUCGAGCUCUGAAACAUAUACAGCCAUUGGUUUUAUUCAUGCUUUAAUGGGAAAUUUAGAAGAAGCAAUCGAAUACUUUCAUAAAAGCCUUUCAAUAUUUCGUGACUGUGUUGUGACAUCAACUAUAUUAAAAACUUGCAUUGAAGAUCUUAUGGAACAAGAAUGCAUUAUAGAUAGCAUUUGCGAUAAAGAUUUAGAGAAAACGAAUUGUGAAGAAAGUGAUAUUUCUACUCCAGGGACCCCACUAAAAUUAAAUUGUAUGAAAUUAAAAUAUGAUGAUGUUGAAAGCUCACCAGCUGAGGCUUUAGACAUAAGCAUGGAUACAUAAGCAUGUAUUAAAAUGAAUAUUGCCAAUAAAAUAUAAAUAACGAA